GAACAUACCCCAUUUUAUUGUCAUCCAUACUUUACAUAAGAUUUUCUAUUUCUAACAUAUCUUUUCAACCUCGUAACUUAUUCACCGUAAAUAAAACAAAAAAAAACAACAACAACAUAUAUCAGAAAAGAUAAAGGUUAAAAACAGAACCCUCAUAAAUAUUGAUUUUAACAUUUUAUAAAUUCCCAGAUCUAAGCGACUGAGUGGGUUAGUUAAGUUAUGAUGUUUUAGAGGAUAUUGGUUGGUUUGACUCCUCUCCCAAGCAUGUUCUGUUCUGAUGCGCUCAAACCAACCGUCAUUCUUCUACUCCACCGCCCGCUCCGUCGCUUCAACUUUCCCGGAAAAUCACCUCACUUUCCUUCUCAGAAAAUGCAUCUCUCUCAUACAACUCUGCGCCUCCUCCCACUUCAAGCUCAAGCAAAUCCACGGCUUCUCCAUCAGACAUGGCGUCCCACCCCACAAUCCAGACAUGGGCAAGCACCUCAUCUUCGCCCUCGUCUCCCUCUCGGCCCCCAUGCCCUACGCGACCCGAAUUUUCCGUCUGAUUCGAGCCCCCAAUAUCUUCACGUGGAACACCAUGAUUAGAGGGUUUGCCGAGAGCGAGAAUCCGAGGCCGGCCGUGGAGUUGUACUGCCAAAUGCACGCGUCUUCGGUUCUGCCUGAUACGCAUACUUUCCCUUUUCUUUUGAAGGCUGCUGCUAAGUUAAUGGAUGUUAGAGUAGGCGAGGAGAUUCACUCGAUUGUUGUUAGAAAUGGGUUCGGUUCGUUGCUUUUUGUUCAGAAUUCGUUGGUCCAUAUGUACUCUGUUUUUGGGUUUGCCGAGAGUGCGUACCAGGUGUUUGAGUUUAUGCUUGAGAGAGAUCUCGUGGCCUGGAACUCUGUUAUUAAUGGCUUUGCUCUUAAUGGAAUGGCUAACGAAGCUCUGACCCUUUUUAGGGAAAUGGGUUUGGAUGGCGUGGAGCCUGAUGGGUUCACCAUGGUUAGUCUGUUAUCUGCUUGUGUUGAGCUUGGGGCCAUGGCCUUGGGGGAGAGGGUUCAUGUGUAUAUGUUGAAGGUUGGUUUAGUACACAAUCCACAUGCUAGCAAUGCCCUCCUUGAUCUCUACUCCAAAUGUGGGAACAUUAGAGAUGCACUGAAGGUGUUUGAUGAAAUGGAAGAGAGGAGUGUGGUUUCUUGGACUUCUCUGAUUGUUGGGUUGGCUGUUAAUGGAUUAGGAAAUGAAGCUCUUGAGCUGUUUGGGGAGUUGGAAAGGAAGGGGUUGAAGCCUAGUGAGAUCACAUUUGUUGGAGUUUUGUAUGCUUGUAGCCAUUGUGGGAUGGUUGAGGAAGGCUUCGAUUACUUUAGAAGGAUGAAAGAUGAAUAUGGCAUCUUGCCAAGGAUAGAGCACCAUGGCUGUAUUGUUGAUUUGCUGUGCAGGGCCGGCAAGGUUGGAGAUGCCUAUGAGUAUAUCCGAAACAUUUCGAUCCCGCCCAAUGCAGUCAUUUGGCGGACCUUACUGGGAGCUUGCACAAUCCAUGGGCAUCUAGAAUUGGGUGAGGUUGCAAGAGCUGAAGUCCUACGCUUGGAACCGAAGCAUAGCGGGGACUAUGUCCUUCUCUCGAACCUUUAUGCAUCGGAGCGACGUUGGCUGGAUGUGCAAAACGUAAGGAGGACGAUGCUUAUGAAAGGAGUGAGGAAAACUCCCGGGUAUAGCCUCGUUGAGUUGAAAAACCGUGUUUAUGAGUUUAUCAUGGGUGAUAGAUCUCAUCCCCAAAGUGAGGAGACAUACGCAAUGCUGGGGAAGAUCACAGAGUUGUUGAAAAUCGAAGGCUACGUUCCUCGCACGGUUAAUGUUCUUGCUGAUAUAGAAGAGGAAGAAAAGGAGACGGCUCUGUCUCAUCACACGGAGAAAGUUGCAAUUGCUUUUAUGUUGGUUAACACCCCACAAAGAACUCCAAUUAGAAUCAUGAAGAAUUUGAGAGUCUGUGCAGAUUGUCAUCUGGCGAUCAAACUCAUAUCCAAGGUUUUCGAACGUGAGAUCAUCGUAAGGGAUCGUAGUAGGUUUCAUCAUUUUAAAGACAGUUCGUGCUCUUGUAGAGAUUAUUGGUAAUCUUAAUAGUUUCCUUGACAUAUACCCUCAUUGAUGAAUGUCUGCAUUUUUUUCUUUCAAGGUGAAAGAUGAUUCUACAUUCAUAUGAUUGAACAUAGAAUAGAAGGCUGAGUUAGAGGUUUAUAAUCUGUGUUUUGGCUAAUUUUAAUAAUCCUUAUGACACUAUAUAUAAUGGUGAGGGUGUUUGGUGGCUGGAUCCAGAACCAGAAACUUUCCACAAA